UGUAGCGCGGGCAACGUGGUGUGAUCACUCCGGAUUCCGCGGAUUCGUGAACUCUACGAAAAAUUCGUUGUCGUCCCGAGGCAACACCCGCGUUCGCCUGCCGUUACGUGAUUCGAGCUUCCCGUAUUCAGUUUUUGCAUGCGCAAUUUGCGAAGGACGGCACCGCGUUUUCGAUUUCGAGACAGAUACUUCGCAAUUGUCUGUGUGUCUUAAUCUUCACGAAGAACAGAAAAAGAAGAGAGACAGAGAUGAAAGAGGAGGAGGUGAAGGAGGGAAUUUAAAUUCUCUGAUCGAUCUGGAUGUGGACAUGAAUAUGUCAUCCGAUGAUUUUGAUGCUUUCUUCGAUACAACUAAUCUCGACAGCGAAGUGGUCAAAUUGCAAGUUCUACUGGAAGAAAAGAGUCUCCCUCUCGAUACAGAAUAUUUGCUGCAGCUACUAGAGCAAUGUUUCUCCACGUGUUCAAUUGAGUUGCUCGAUGAGAAAAUUUUCAGGGAAGUUUUGCCGAAAGCUCAGCAUCUUUUGUCACAGAUCGUGAAAGCCAUAGAUGAUCUAAUAGGCGAUAAUGCGAGACUCGACGAUCUGGAUGGCAUCAAGUGCAGAUUGCAAGUUUGUUACGGACUUCUCGAUCUUUGGAAGAAAUGCGUGGAACACAUUUCCGCGCUCGAAAACGUCCGAGCUACCUACGUAGCAACGUUAUGUGACAUUCUACCGGAAACGACGAGGACAAUUUUCGAGCACUGCAAAGCCAGUCCAAAAUAUGGAGCGCUAUUGAGCGGUGCAAUGCAGGAGUUGAGGAAUCUGUUUGCGAAGGCGGGCGAGGUCUUCAAGCUAUUCUUUGCCACUUUGAACGGCGUAAUCGUUUUCGACACGGACGUGCAAACGGAAACGGAGCUGUUGACGAAAGUGAUUGAUGCUUACGGCAACAUCGCUUCUAUUGCAAACGGAAUGGACUCCAAGACGUUCGUUGAGCUGUCCGAGGCAUUCGCCAAGCUGGCCAUCGUUCAUCAGAGCGAAAUCAAGUCAAACAACAUCACGACACAUCUCGCUCGUAUGACGAAAGACGUGUCUUGCCUUUUAUCCAACAUUAAGGACCAGAACGAUAAGAGUGCGGAACGAAAUAUAAUGGUUGCUAUGCGCCUGCUGAGAAUCCUCCUGAAAUUAACAUCGUCUUACAGCGCAUCUCUCACGCACGAGAUGAUGUCAGACUUGAUAGAACUUCUGGGACAAAUGCACAGAUACUCCUGUUUAACGAUAGCGAAAGGUAGCGGAAGAACAAUUUCAGCCGACGCUGCAUCUUUUCUAAAUAUCAUCUUCAAUCGUGACGAUUUUAAGCAAGUAUAUUUUGAAUACGGAAGGCAAAUUAUUUCACGUGAUCAAUAUGUUAAAAUAAAUUACCAGUUACUGACGAUCGCUAUCAUGAUGAAACUGAAUGGCAUGUCGUACGAACAUCAUUGGUCUGUAGGCUCGGAUUCGAUCUUGGAUGUUUCUUUCACAUACAUGGAACAUAUCGACGAACAACUCUGCGCCGGAGAUCUGCGACUGCCAGGUGUUCGCGGGAUCGGCGAAGGACCACGAUCUGUUAGCAUUUACGAGGCGACUCUGGUAAUCGUUUGCAGCUUGAUCAGUCAGAUUCCUCCGGAAGACUUUCACGCAGUCGAACUGCUUUUACUAAAGCAUUUGCUGUCCGAUCACUUCUGGAGGUCUCUGUUAAGUUCGGAUGUUUGGUGCUUUAUUGGCAGACUCGGCUCUUCGCAACUGUGCGCCGAUCACAUUAAACAUUUGGUUAAAGUUUCCGCCUUCUUAGUACAACGACGUAACAGCACAGAAGUGAUCAUGCUGGAUAGCUUGAUCGUCAGAUUGUUCGAUCUGCUGAACGAAGAUAUGAAAUCCACUCUGUUCGAGAACCUUGCUGACCCGGAUAUGGAUUAUUAUACUCCUAUCCUGUGUUCGUUAAUGACAAAAACCAAAUCUCUUUCACGAGAACGAUUAGAACAAUUAAACCGUAAAAUUGAAGAUUUGCCGAAGGCUUUCUCAGACUUGCAAGAACAUCCUUUAAUUCACAAUUGGGACCGUUUUUUGCGGAUCUUGUUCAUGUGUACCACGACAGCGGUAGAUUAUAGCGAUAACAAGAAUAUUAUCGACGUUUUAACUAAAAUAUGGAGUAUCGUUGAAGACUCGGAUAUCAAAUACGAGGGCUUGCAUUUGGAUCUACUGACCGACAUGGUUGUUGUCUUGCUCGAUGCUACUUGUCUCAAAAGUCUUCAUGAUGACAGCUUUUGUGCGAUUCUAACAUCAGUCGCAAAUUUAUGCAGCCGUCUACCGCCUCGAGGCAAGAUCAAGAUCUGUCAUUUUCUUCGACAGAAUGUCGAGAGUCUCGGUCGUUGCGGAGUCGAAAGUGUUGCGUCCACUUUGACUAAAUUGUUCUGUCAUUUGUUAGAAGACGAGCAUUCCUGGGUGCAUCAAGAGGCCCUGGAAAUCUUUGAGCACCUGGGACAGAAGUGCCCGGAGCAACUGGUCGCCAAAAUAGCGACGGCCUUAGCAAAGAUACCCGGCAUCAGCAAUGUUAUGCAAGCCUACUUGUCCUCGAGACCAUCCCACGUCCUCAGGGGUUUUACCCACGUGCAAGAUUAUCUUAGAUACUUGGUUGAAGCUGUUAAAAAUCAUGAGCACAGAUGCUAUGAGUACAACGAACCCGAAGAGAAGGAGAGAGAGGAGAAGAUGCCAAAGCUGGAAGAGGAGAAAAACCCAAGUGAAAUCAUCGCGCCGCUGUUAACACCUUCGCCAGCGCUUUGUGCAGAACACCUGUAA